GUGAUCUUACUUCCAAUUGCCAUCACAUUCUACUUAACAUGGUGGUUCGUUCAUUUCGUGGAUGGAUUUUUCUCGCCAAUCUAUAGUCAUUUGGGGAUCAACAUAUUCGGUCUUGGAUUUGUGACCUCAAUAACUUUCAUAUUUAUGGUCGGAGUUUUUAUGUCAUCGUGGGUCGGUGCCUCACUUCUUGCCUUAGGAGAAUGGUUCAUUAAGAAAAUGCCCCUAAUGAGUUACAUAUAUGCCGCCUCUAAGCAAAUUAGUGCUGCAAUUUCUCCAGAUCAAUCUUCUCAUGCCUUCAAGGAAGUGGCUAUCGUGAGGCAUCCUCGAAUAGGAGAGUAUGCAUUUGGUUUUAUUACGUCGACUGUUAUCCUCCGUAAAAGCUCAGGUGCAGAGGAGCUUUGCUGUGUUUAUCUCCCGACUAAUCACCUUUAUCUCGGGGACAUAUUCCUUAUUAAUUCCAAAGAUAUAAUGAGGCCUAAUCUUUCUGUUAGAGAGGGGAUAGAGAUUGUCAUCUCGGGAGGUAUGUCUAUACCAAAGGUUCUAAAUAUCGUGGACACGCAAUUCAUACUGUCACCAAGAGUCGGGAAGUUAACAAUACCA